GGGCGGGCCGGGGCCGGAGACCCGGACCGGGACCCAGACGGAGCCCGAGCCCGAGCCCCGGACUGGGAACGAGCGGGGCCAGCGUGCCGGGGCCGGCGGCCAGGGGCGGGCCGGGCCCCGCGAUGGCGAUGUUCCGCAGCCUGGUGGCGUCGGCGCAGCAGCGGCAGCACCCGCAGCCGGCCGGGGCUCCCGCCAGCGCCCCGCAGCCCCCGGCCGGGCCCGGCGCCGGCGGCGAAAGCGGCCUCGAGGCCCAGUACAGCUGCCCCAUCUGCCUGGAGGUCUACCACCGGCCCGUGGCCAUCGGCAGCUGCGGACACACAUUCUGUGGGGAGUGUUUGCAGCCCUGUCUCCAGGUGCCAUCUCCCCUCUGCCCACUCUGCCGAAUGCCCUUUGACCCAAAGAAAGUGGAGAAAGCCUCCAAUGUGGAAAAGCAGCUGUCGUCCUACAAGGCUCCCUGCCGGGGUUGCAGCAAGAAGGUAACUCUUGCAAAGAUGAGGUCACACAUUUCUUCCUGCAUGAAGGUCCAGGAGCAGAUGGCCAACUGUCCCAAGUUUGUCCCAGUAGUGCCAACCUCCCAGCCCAUCCCCAGCAAUAUCCCCAACAGAUCCACCUUUAUCUGUCCCUACUGUGGAGCCCGCAAUCUGGACCAGCAGGAGCUGGUAAAGCACUGCAUGGAGAAUCACCGCAAUGACCCCAACCGCGUGGUCUGCCCUGUCUGUUCAGCCAUGCCCUGGGGGGACCCCAGCUACAAGAGUGCCAACUUCCUUCAGCACCUUCUCCAUCGACACAAAUUCUCUUACGACACCUUUGUGGACUACAACAUCGAUGAAGAAGCCGCGUUUCAGGCCGCCCUGGCACUGUCCCUCUCUGAGAACUGAAGGCUGCCCCAGCUGGGCCCAAACCCAGAUCUGUGGUCAAAGUCACCUUUUCCACAAGGAGGGACAAAAGGCUUGCUCAUUCUUCAGCAUUCCCUAGCAGUUAGGCCUCCCCGUCACCUUUUUUAAUAAGGUGGAUUCUUUAUUCCUUGCACAAGGAGAGCAGGCCAACCCCAGGGGCCAACCCUCCGUGCCCUCCCGUGGGUGGGAAAAGAUGGGUGCACCUUUGACCAGUUCAAAGGUUCGGUCUGAGUGGGGACUUUCACCUCUCCUGGGUAGAGUUGAUUUGUUUGCUGUUUGGGGACCCAGAUGAUCCCUGGAGGGCAACUGAGUAGAGGGAGGGGUGUUUGUUUGGCUCGGGAAGGUCAGAGCAUUGAGUUGUCUUUUCCUUCUAAGCAGUGGUUUGGCUCUCCUGCUUCUGAAGAGCCCUGACUCUCAUUAUUGCUGAUCCAGACAGGUUAGAUGUGAGUGGAGAGGUGGGGGAGAUUGAAAGAGAAACUUAGCGGAAGACCUGAACGGGAGGAUUGUUUUCCGCUGCCCCAUCCUACCACCUGGCAUUCAGUCAAGUUUCCACCUUGCUCAUUUGGUACCAGCUUUUGUGAUACUUAGAGAUUCUGGCAUUUUUCUAUAUUAACCAGUGUGAUAACCUUUUCACAUUUUAUAGAGCGAGGAAAAAGCAGUUACUCUUCAUAUUGCAAUAUCUGUGUUUGACUAGGAACAAUAGUAUUUUUAUGGAACAUUUAAAAAAUUAUAUUUUUUAAAAAAACAAUCAAAAACAAACCUAGUGUAGGAUCAGCAUAGUGGGAGUGACAAGGGAGUUCGGGGAAGCCAGCACCAAAACUGGAAUCAAGAGGGGGUUUUUCCACUCGUGCUUGUGUGAUUUUUGAGGUGGCCAUGUUCGUUAGAUUAUUUCUAUAUUUUUAAGGUUUUCAUUGUGUCUGUUUACCUUUUGCUAAUAAAAAAGAGACUCCCAGCCCCUUGUACAAGCAGUGAUGCUGCUGGGAUGUCAGGUACCAGGACCCAGGUGGAUCUUUACAGAGAGGAAACAGCAGACCAGAUCAGAAGGGAGAAUGGAGGAGAAAGAGGUGGCUCCCUGGUCCCUUUUAUCACCUUUCCAAAGAGAUGACUGGAAUUCACUCCUCAGGCAGAGGCUUGGGAGCAGCCUCGCUGAAUGAUGGGCUCUGUGACAUCCCACAGAGCCAGGCGAGGGGGGCAGUGUGGAGCAAGCCAUGGACCAUCUUUCCUGGCUAACAGCCACACUCAGCAUUGGGGUUUGGGAAGUUCGUUAAGCUUUCUGGUUUGUUUAAUGAUAUAAAUUAUUGUUGUCUUUUUUAAAAAAUAAAAUAAAAAGUUUCAGAGCAUCUACAGCCA